AUGGAAAUUGGCAACAUAACCACAGUCACUGCAUUUGUUCUCCUAGGACUAUCCAACAACCCUCAGAUCCAGGCAAUACUCUUUGUACUCUUCCUGGUGAUCUACCUCCUGAUCCUCACAGAGAACCUGCUGAUGCUGCUGGUAAUCAGAGCUGAUUCCCAUCUCCACACCCCCAUGUACUUCUUCCUGAGCCACCUGUCCUUUCUGGAUGCUUUCUAUUCCUCAGUCAUUGUGCCUAAACUGCUAGAGAACCUUCUUUCCAAGUCGAAGACUAUAGCCCUUCUUGAGUGUUUCACCCAGAUUUCUUUGGUCAUAUUUUCUGGAGCCACUGAAGCUUGUCUCCUUUCAGUCAUGGCCUAUGACCGGUUCCAGGCUGUGUGCCACUCACUGUUGUACAUGGUGUCUAUGAACAGGAAAGUGUGUAUUGGCCUGGUGGGAGCAUCCUGGGCCAUGGGAAUGGGGACUGGGCUAGUAAACACCCUUCUCCUAGCUCAACAGUACUUCUGUGGUUCCAACCUCAUCAACAGUUUUGUCUGUGAGCUUCCUCCAGUGCUCCAGUUGACCUGCUCUGACUCCUACAUUAGCAAUGUUGCCAUCCUGACAACCACAGUCGUCCUGGGCUUUAGCACCCUUGUCCUAUUGUUGGGUUCCUACACCCACAUCAUCAUGACAGCUCUGAGCAUCAACUCUACCUCGGGUCGAAGCAAGAUCUUCUCCACUUGCUCUUCUCAUGUUCUUGUGGUCAUCAUUUUUUAUGGUUCAGGAAUGUUCAGGUAUAUGACUCCACCAUCUGGCUCAGUCCUGGAGCAAGUGCUCUCCCUGCAGUACAGUGUGGUGACACCUCUGUUAAACCCCCUCAUCUACAGUCUGAAGAAUCAAGAGGUGAAGGCAGCUCUGAAAAGGGUGCUGACCAGGAAGUCCAGGCUGACCUUCUAA